UUCAGGGGUAUAACAUUGAAUAUUUCCUCUGACCUAUAUUUCUCACUAUCCAGUAAGUAUGGGAAGUUAGUGCCAAUGAUGGACUGCGGCAUCUAGAUGGGUUCAGUGGCAGGGUGGCAGUGGCGACGACUAGCGGACAGCCUCAGGGCAAGUGUGUGUCCACUGUCCCAUUCUGACAGCGGCGGCGUGGGAGUGGGAGUGGCUCCUGUUAUCCCUUUUUGCUUCUAUUACCAAGGCGCCGGGGAAUUGAGCAGUGCUUUCUUGAUCUAACGCAGCCUGAGUGACGUUGCCAUCAUGGGAAUAGAGAAGACAACCCAGGCCAACGCCAUGAAGUACGUCAGCUUGGUGACGCUGACGGUGCAGAACUCAGCCGUGGCGCUCAGCAUGCGUUACGCCCGCACCAGAUCGGGGGAGAUGUUCAUUGCAUCCUCUGCGGUGGUGAUGGCGGAGGUGGUGAAGCUGCUGGCGUCACUACUGCUGGUGUAUAAGCAGGAGGGGUCUUUGCAGCACUGGUUCAUGACGCUGCACACACACAUCUGGCAGCAGAAGAUGGAUACACUUAAGGUCAGCGUGCCGUCCUUCAUCUACCUUGUGCAGAAUAACCUUCUCUACGUGUCCGCCUCAAAUCUGGAUGCUGCUACUUACCAGGUCACCUACCAGAUGAAGAUCCUUACUACGGCAGUGUUUGCUGUGCUGCUGCUGCGCCGGGAGCUGCGGUCACUACAGUGGCUGGCCCUGGUGCUGCUGACGGCUGGCGUGGCAUUGGUGCAGCUGUCAGCCACAGAUGGAGGCACCACCACCGCUGCCACUGCUGGUCAGAGCCGAGUGCUGGGCUGUGUGGCUGCUAUUGCCGCCUGCUGCUGCUCAGGAUUUGCCGGGAUAUAUUUUGAGAAGAUUCUGAAAGGCUCCGAGAUAUCAGUUUGGGUACGAAAUGUGCAGCUCUCCCUCCUGUCCCUUCCCCUGGGAGCUGCCACUGCCCUGGCCACAGACGGCUCGGAGCUGAUGAGCAAGGGGUUCCUGCACGGCUAUGAUGGGUUCGUGUGGUACCUGGUGUGCCUCAAUGCGCUGGGCGGCCUCCUGGUGGCACUCGUCGUCAAGUAUGCCGACAACAUCCUGAAGGGCUUUGCCACGUCCCUUGCCAUCGUGCUCUCCACUAUCAUCUCUGCCGCCUUCCUUGGGUUUGUCCUGACGGUGCAGUUUGCAGUGGGCACGGCUCUCGUCAUUGUCUCCGUAUUCCUGUACAGCCACCAGCCACGCCCCCACCCCCCUCAGAACCCCAUGGUAGGGAAGAUGAAGGUGUAUUAGCAAGCAACUCAGUGUAUGCAUGUGUGUGUGUGGACCCUGGCAGACUUGGGGCUGUGGUGUGUGUAGCCUUGACGCACAUAGGUGUACAUACCCACCUGUCCACCUGCCUACAUCCUCCUGUGUGUACGUUUUUCCGUGUGUGUUUACAAGUCUGGUGUGUGUGUGUGUGUCGUGUAGAGGUUAAUGUGGGGUGUUUCUAAUUUGCUGAUUUUUUUUAAAGUGUAUUUCUUUCAUAUUUGUGUUUGUAUGUAGAAGUUAGGUGUGAGUUUUUAUCAUGAUUGUUCAUUUAGUGUUAUUUAUUUAUUCUUCAUUGGGUUUUUGUGUAACGCAAGUAGUUGGAGAAAGACUGGACACACCUCACACUCACUCCACACACCUGCAGGGAAGUGAUGAGGCUCUCUGUCACUCCCUGCACUUAUUUAUUGAGGUGAAUGUGCUAUGGUGUGACUCUUAUGUCAGUGUGUGCUGCUGUUACCAGUUGUAGGUGUUACUUGUGGAUCAGAAAGGCUGGCUGGUUUGUCUCUUCUCAAAAUUUUUUAUUCUUCUCUCCCUUGUGAAAAAAGUUUAUUCUUAUCAUAAAGAGAACGAUUUAUUUGUCUUUAAAUUCAUCUUUAUGUUUGUAAAAAGAGAUGAAUCUAUUUAUGCAUGAAUUUAUCAGUUUGUAUUGAAAAAAACCUAAUGAUUCCAUCUAUUAACUCGUCAAUGUAUUCAUCAAAAAGAUUGACUGGGAUUAAUGUCAUUUUGUUGUUACUUUUUAUUCAUCUGUCCAUCCAUUGACCCUUGAAAGACCUGAAACAGUACCAUUUGGUUGUAGUAUGGGACUUCUGUGGCUGCUGCUGGUCACUCCCUCAGUCUGCUGUGGUGGGUGGCUUUCAUACAAGAUUACUGUGGUAGUGGACAGUUCCUUCUUACUUGCGGUUACCCAAAUCUUCCUUGAUAACUUUUAGUGUCUCAUUGAACAAGCCUUUUUGCCACCCUCCAUCCAUCUACCCAUUAUAAAGUUGGCUUGGUACAGUAGCAUGCUGUUAUCAUUGCUGCUGUCCAUCCAUCAAUCCAUAUAUCUCCCUACAAGCCUGGAUUAACACUACCAAAUCCCUUUAUUCACACACAAAUGCUCUCACUCAAUGCUCUCUUCUUACCAUGGCAUGUUUUCACCUAACUUUCAUACCUCAGCAUCUCCCACAGGGCAUGUAUAUGAUGUGUGUGUGUGUGUGUGUCUAUCCAGUUCAGUUUCUGUAAUUUUAUCUAGUUCUUUUCUUCAUUUGACUUACACUUUUUCUUUUUCUAGUGCUGUUUUUCCUUUAUUUCCUGUACACAUUCUUUGCUUGUGUUGCUUUAACAAAUGUUUACCAAGUCUUUCCCUUCAGUUCUCAUUUAUUCCCUUCCCUCUAUCACUUUACUAUGUUCCAAUCUCUCAUGUUUAUUUGAUCCUGCCUUCAGUCUUUGUGUAUUGCCUUGCCUUCAUCACUUCUCGUGUUUUAUGUGCUUAUGUUGAAGUUUGGGGAAGCUGUAGUACUAUUCAGUAUUACUCAAGCUUCUCUCCCUCCAAAAGUUUCCCUGUGUCUUUCCUGGUAAGUGUUGAGUCACUGUGGACUUGCAUUUACUUAUUUAGGGAAGAGUGUUGGUGUCUUAUUAAAAGAUUUGAGGUGAUUGGUGACUGUGAACUUGAUUUUUUUUACUUAUUGAGGGCAAGUUGUUGGGGGCUUUGUUGAGGUAUUUAAGGUGAUUGGUGAAUCUGAUCUUACUGUUUUACUUAUUGAUAGAAAGUAUCUAUUAUGUUUUGUUGAGAGUGAAGGUGAUUGGUGAAUAGACACUUAAGAAAGAUGAUUUGCAAGAGCAAUCCUGGUGUGUUACUUGUAUCAGAAAUAUGUUUCAAGUUAUCUUUAUUUGGAAUAAGUAAUAGAUGUGUUUUAAUGGUUUGAAAGAAAAAAAAUAUUUCAUAUUUAUUCUAUCCUGACUUAAUAAAGAAAAUUAUUUAGAAAUAAAAUGCAUUUAAAUUAUAUGAUGUUCUUAUAAGAUCAACGCACAAGACAUGGUCAGACUCAGUGAUCUAGCCUACCCUAACCUGACCUGCCCAGCCAGGCAGUGUGGCUGUGGCUGUGGCCAUGUCUGAUGUGUGGUGUGUGGUGUGCUGGCGUCAGUGGCACAACCUUCAUUGUCAUAGUUGACACAUAAGUGGUGUGACUCACCGGUGUGAUUUAUUGCAUUGUGAAUGAAGAGUGAAGGCAGCAAUCAACUCAUCAGCGCAUGUAAACAAUGAUGAUCUUUUGUGAAAUAUAUUUUCUGGUAAA